AUGCCACUAGAUAAAACCUUGAAUGCUCCAAAGUACAGCAUUAUUGAGAAAAUGGCCGCGGGUAGUUUUGGCGUUGUUUUCAAAAUAAAGCGCCUCUCGGACAAUACCACGAUGGUGAUGAAACGCAUUCCGCUUGAGGACCUCGACCGCGACCAGCGCCAUGAGGCUGCCAAGGAGCUUUCCCUCAUAAGCGAGCUUCACCACCCCUAUAUCGUAGCGCAGCGGGAUGCUUUCCUGUUUGACGAAAACGACUUGUGUCUUGUCAUGGACUAUUACGAUGGCGGGGACUUGGACUAUCUGCUCGCACGGCAGCGAGACAAGGACGAGUACUUUGACUUUGAGCAGGUCAUGUUGUGGUUUGUCCAGAUGCUUCUGGCGUUGGACUAUCUGCAUUCGCACGGUAUUGUUCACAGAGAUGUUAAGACACACAAUCUGUUUCUCAAUCAGGCCAGUAAUACCAUUGCGGUGGGCGACUUUGGUAUUGCCGAGAAAGUGGACUUUAGCAGCGCCAAAAAGGAUGCUGGGGGUACCGCGGUCUUCACCUCGUCCCUUUUGCCGACGACCGAGAGGCCACAAUGGCGGGAGAGCGGUGGUCCUCACCAUUAUCACACCGUGGAGCAUCAGCACAGUGGAUUACCAUCACCAUCCACUAACAACUCCGAGGGCGUUGUUGGUAGUCCGCAUCACGUCGGCAACGGCGGCAGCCGUCGCCCAGAAAUCGACAUAACCCUGCCGAAUCAUGCCGCGGACGACGCCGCACGGGGGGGUGCCUCGGAGUCUUCUCGAAAGAUGGUCCGAUCGCCCAUGCGGAUAGCAGUGAAAGGCACCCCACUUUACAUGCCACCAGAGGCCCUUCAGGGUAUGUCCUACGGCCCCAAGAGUGAUGUCUGGUCGCUUGGAUGCAUUCUUUAUGAACUUCUCUCGCUAAGGCACCCGUUCGACUCGACGGACAUCGGUGGGCUCAUCGUACGCGUCAUGAUGGGCGACCGGGAGCCGCUACCGAGCCACUACCCACGCAUCGUAUCGGAGUUAAUCGACGCGACAUUAACACUGGAGUGCGCGAAACGUCCGUCGUGUGAUGAAUUACUGCACACGCCGUUGGUGAGCGCUUACGUGAGUCGCCUCUUGGAGCUGCGCGGGCAGGCUCGCCUGCGCGAUGCCGGGUCCAAGGGAGGCGACGAUGGUACACCAGAAUGCGCUUUUAAAAAGACGCUUACCGGUUUGCAAGACGCAAAGGAAGCAGAGGACGCGCUCCAGAGCCAGCUCCGUCGUAUCUACGGCUCCCUACACCACGACUCUACGGUGUCUAAGGAGGGACCCCAUGCGACGAUGUGCUACCUCGAGUGCGCCCAGCAGCUCAAGAAGCCGCUGCACCCACCCUCCUACGACUGCGAGAGGGUGCACCGCGGGCGUCGCACCGCCUCGAUGCUCGUCCAGCUCAUGUCCGGGUCGUCGGCGUGCCCCACGGACGUCCUCAGCAACCUCGACAACACCACCCCGAGGACCUUCCCCACCGGCAGCACGCCGCCAUCCCCGGAGUUGAUCCCCGGCGUGGAUCCCGCGCGACCGCCGUCCGACCACGUCGAGGGCCGCCAAACGACCGACGCGGGACCGCCCGCCCCGCGGAACGCAUCUCUCGCGGGCGGAACCCCCUUGAAGGGGAGGGCCGCGGAUGACGAGGACGGCCGCCCAAAGAGGGCCCCCUGCCCGGGCCCAGACGCGGUCGCGCCGACUGCCGGCAAGUCCUCCAUCGGCGGCGUUUUUGUCGAGUAUUCCAACGUGGACGACAUGCGGGAUCAGCCGCUGAGUGUGCUCGCGGCGGAGGUGCUUUGGGCACGCGCGCUCCUUCAGCGCGCGCUCUUUGAGCGACAGCGGCGGAGGGACGCGGAGCGACUGCUGUUAGACGUCGGACCCCACCUCGUCACCGCGAUGCCGCAGACCUUCAAGGGGGUGACGACGACCGUGAGCGAUACCGCCCCAUCCCCCGCGCGCCGCCCUACCGAAGAGAGCGGGCAGAGGACCGCAGCGCCGAUUCUAUCCUCCGAUCUCGCAUCAAGCUUGAGCGGUGCGGAGCUGAGCAAUCCAACACCAUCCGAGGCGAGGGGGUACUACCACCCGGGGGAGAUGCGGUGGGAGGUGGACCUCGCUACCCGCGCCCGUGCGGCCGCGGAUGCGAGGCUCCAAGCCUACUUGGAUCGGCGUGCUGCGCUACUCAGGCUGAUUCUCGAGGAGCUUCCGGCGACUACCAUGUCGCGCGUGUACGCGUAUUAUCGCGAACAUAACAUAUUCGUCCGUGACCCGAGUGUCGUGCUGGGCUUGGUGCCGACGCGCAAACAGUGGAGGGUUUUGCCCUUGAUCGAGGAUGUCGUGGUAUUAGACAAGUUUCUCGAACAGAGCGCGAAUCACAACGAUGAUGAGACCGGUACCGUCCGAACGGUGUCCAGUGGGCAAGUAUCUUUUUGA